UGGCAGGAGCAGCUGCUUGGCACCUGAGGGGCAACGGGCCCCUCAAGGGGACACCAGCCACUCAGCUGAGCCGGACUUGAGGUUGAUUUGUGUUUGUGGAGUUUCAGAGACAUAUCUGUGAGGGGCACGGAGAGAGGAAGUGCCUUGCCAGAGGCUCACAGGUGUGAGGACUGUCUUAGAGGACUCUGACUUACACUCCUCCUGGGCACGGAAACCCCCACCAGCAGCAUCGGACCCACUCCUCUGAAUCAACCAGGCUGCCUAGAGUUGGGAAGACCUAACUGAGGGGACAGAUGGCUUCGACUGCUCUUGAACUUCUGGGCAUGACUCUGGCUGUGCUGGGCUGGCUGGGGACCCUGGUGUCCUGCGCCCUGCCCCUGUGGAAGGUGACCGCCUUCAUCGGCAACAGCAUCGUGGUGGCCCAGGUGGUGUGGGAGGGGCUGUGGAUGUCCUGCGUGGUGCAGAGCACGGGCCAGAUGCAGUGCAAGGUGUACGACUCGCUGCUGGCGCUGCCUCAGGACCUGCAGGCUGCCCGAGCCCUCUGCGUCAUCGCCCUCCUGCUGGCAUUGCUUGGCCUGCUGGUGGCCAUCACGGGCGCCCAGUGCACCACCUGUGUGGAGGACGAAGGCACCAAGGCCCGCAUUGUGCUCACUGCGGGGGUCAUCCUGCUCCUCUCGGGCAUCCUGGUGCUCAUCCCCGUGUGCUGGACGGCCCACGCCAUCAUCCAGGACUUCUACAACCCCCUGGUGGCCGAGGCCCUCAAGCGGGAGCUGGGAGCCUCCCUCUACCUGGGCUGGGCGGCAUCUGCCCUGCUUAUGUUGGGUGGGGGCCUCCUGUGCUGCACCUGCCCCCCGCCCCAGCUCGAGCGGCCCCGGGGACCGAGGCUGGGCUACUCCAUUCCCUCCCGCUCGGGUGCAUCUGGGCUGGACAAGAGGGACUACGUGUGAGGUCAAUGUCCCUGGAAGCCUGUUGCUUAGAACUUUGAACUUGUGCUGGAUGCCCUGCUCUAACCCUUGCCUCCUACUGUCAACCCCUCCCCCCAGGUGAAACCCACUUUCCAGAUGCCGGAGCCCGCCCUGGCUGGAGGGCCAGUCUCAGUGGGCCUGGCUGAGUCUAGACCCUUCUUGGUGGGGUCCCCACCUCCACCCAGGCAGGGUACCCUGGCCUGCCGCUGCUUCCCGUUUCUCUCUUCUGCUGUGCGGGAUUCAGGCUGGCCCUCCUCUUCCUCUUAGCGCCCCCCCUGCCCCCAGAACCUGGGCCUCACCCAAAGGGCAGUGGCUUCUUAUGCCCUCCCUGGCCUGGAGUGGGUCCCUUCUCA